AUCUACAGGUAUUUCGGAGUCGGUGAGGGUCACACUCGCCCAGGCACCCGUAUAAAAUCCCCGCUCCCCUGAUCGACGAGAGUAUUUCCAAAAAAACGCGAGGAAAAGUCUGAUGCGCGUCUAAAUCGGAGCGCAAAUCGAGCACUUUUUUUUUUUACACAUCGCGCGCAGUGUUUACGACUGAAAACUGAGACAGAAACACCUUGGCACCGAGAAGAAUGUGAUAUUGUGAUAUAUACAUGAUUCGCUGACAACUCUAUUUUAUGUUGAAUGCGUUUGAAAUCGAACGCAGCGUGUGUUUACUUAACGAUUUUCUGUGUUUGUUUGCCCAACUUACGGAGGUGAAAUUGAACAUUGCUGAUUUUUCAUUUUCCAUUUUCCACCGCAACCGAGAGAGAGAGGAAAAGUGAAAAGUGCUAUUCGACGAAGCGAAACGGAACGCAAAAUCAAAAGAAAAACAAAUAUCCAAAGAUAUGUGUACAUAGCACAUAAAUUGCAGAUUGAGGCCAAGACAAGAGAACCUGAAAUCAACACAGAUCUUGACGAGAGAGUUCAUGAUGGACAGGAGUCGGAGUAGCAGAAGUGCCACCAGCCGCACUCCAACUGGCAACCAGUUCAGUUCAAUCAGGCACUGUGGCCUACUGACGACCGCCAUCCUGCUGCAGGCGCUGGUGUCCAUGGCUUUGGCCAUCGAGGAGACAUCGCCACCGACCGCCCCUUCACGCCCACCGCCACCGCCCACCGUGAAGCUCAACAAGUGCUGCCAUUCGGGAGAGUAUCUGAAUGAAGGCACCUGCAUCGCCGGCAGUGAAGCCCUGUGGCUGCCCAUGGUGUACUUGGUGCAGCAGCAGCGCUUCUUCGAGCCCCAUGGCGCCAGUCCGCGAUUCUUGAAGUUUCUGCCCAAUACGAGACCCUCCUGCCGAAAGGAUCAAACCACAGAGAUUUUCCGUAGCCGGGGGGCCAAUGUGAUGCUCUUUCCCAAUGGCACGCUCUAUGUGCGGGAACGCGCACUAAUGGUCCAGCCGGCGGACUACUGUGUCGACUGGGAGGUGGCCGUUGUCUGCCUGAACAGUCAGCCGCCAAGUGAUCUCGAGGAUCCCGAUCACGCAGCCAAUCCCCUCGUGCAGCAGGAGCCGCCAAAGGCCAGACUACGACUAAGCAAGUGCUGCGGCAAGUGGGGCAGCUACAACACGCAGCUCCAAAACUGCGAUUUGCAGCCUAACCAUCAGGCAGCCGUCGACGGACUGCUCCGACUCGCGCCCCAGCUACCCGAGGGCAGCUAUCAGACCAGCUACGGCCUGCCCGAAUGUGCACAACCCGGUGGCUACUCCAUUGCCGGGGAUUGGCAGGAUGCCCAGCUGGAUCGGAGCACGGCCAUGCUCCAGUUGCCGCACAAGAACCUCAGCGCUGAGCAGUACUGCCUGGAGCACACGCAGCGCGAGGGCGAGGUGAAGAUCAUAGCCUGCCAGCAUUUGUUUAGGUCCGCGGCAGGGGCGGGCACCCAGGCGGGAUCCAGUGGAGGAACCAUCGAGCAGGCCAAUGGCCAGAACCUGCAGAAGGCUGUCCUGACUGGUGGCAUACUUGUAUCCAUUGUCUUCCUCUCCGCCACUUUGGUGGCCGGCUUCCUGCUGCCCGCUGUGCAUCAUGCGCUUCAUUGGCGCUGCCAAAUAUGCUAUGUCACCUGCCUGCUAUUCGGCAAAAUACUGCUGGCCGUCGAGGAGCUGAGCUCCAGUCUGCAGCCGGGCAGUGCCGCCUGCCACACGCUGGCCAUCACCAUGCAGUUCUUCUUUCUGGCCGCCUUCUUUUGGCUGAACACCAUGUGCUUCAACAUCUGGUGGACGUUCAGGGACUUUCGGCCGAGUUCGCUGGAACGCAAUCAGGAGGCUCUGCGUCGCUAUCUGUACUCCCUGUACGCCUGGGGCGGUCCGCUGCUCAUCACCUUCGUGGCCGCCUGCGUGGAUCAGCUGCCGGAGACGACGUUACUGCGCCCGGGAUUCGGACAGCUCUACUGCUGGUUCGACAAUCGCAACCUCUCGAUCUUCGCCUACUUCUACGGACCCAUUGGCCUAUUGCUGUGCGCCAAUAUAGCGCUCUUCGUGUCCACCACCCAUCAGUUGACCUGCGGCCUGUGGAAGCGGGACGAUGUCAAGUCCUCCUCGGAGAAGUCUGCCCUGGGUCGCGUCUGCCUGAAGCUAGUGGUCGUAAUGGGUGUCACCUGGAUAGCGGACAUUCUGUCCUGGCUGGUCGGUGGACCCCAUGGCGUAUGGUUCUUUACCGACCUGAUCAACGCCCUGCAAGGCGUCUUCAUCUUCAUCGUGGUGGGCUGCCAACCGCAGGUGUGGACCGCCUGCCGCAGGAUCUUCUGCCCGCGAUUGCGUCACGACAUCACCAACACGACCAACGGUGUCCAGCACUCGAGCAGCUCGCAGGGUUUGCCCUCGUUGGCCGGUGGCACGGAGAUCACCCAGAACACCAACACAACCACAACCACCACCACCACCCACAUGCCCAGCAGUCCGGCGGCGGACAGCGGACUGGAGGAUGAUGUACCGGAGAAGGCUCCCAUUGCCCCCGCCGCACCCAUCAUCAAAAUGGAGACCGUUUGCUAAACACAACUGAGACGACGAGCGACAAUGCGAAAGUCAGGCCCGGAUACUAAAGUCCAGACCUCGAAUGAGCGAAAUAAUGGCAUUGGGCAGUUCAGAAAUAAGAAAGAAAGGAAAAAACACAAAAAAAAGCUGCCAAAGCUGGAGUUUCGAGACGAGCGGCACACACUUGCGCAAUCGCAGAAAACAAAACCAAGCUGACCAGCUAAUUGUGCGAGUGUACGAGCGAAUGAGUGUGUGUUUGUCUGUGUGUAAGCGACUUGCGCGUGAUUUUGAAAUCGGCCAACAACCGCUGGCGAACAAAAUGUACUCGGUAUGCCAGUAUUCAACUUCAAUUUGAGCCAGCACAAAAGAAACGUAUUAUUUUAUUCAUCAUCAUCAUCAUCAUAAUCGCAUCGCAUCGCAGAAUAACGGUAAAGCAGUUCGGGUCACAUUAACACGUUCUAAUUGGACACUUCGGUCAGUGUUGCGAAAUGGAAUGUGCAGCAAACGAAACAGGAAUUCAGCCUAGAGAAAACAAAGCAGCGCUUUUGUAGCUCUUUUUUCCAAGCACUUUUAGCCAACAAAAACAAAAACAACAGGGCUGUAUGUGUGUGCAUCUGUGUGUGGCAACCACAAGAAAUUCUCUGUUGAGGCACAUUUGUUGUUUAGUUUAGAUCGCGUUGCUCUGCUUUUUUUCUGACUCAAAUCUCAAGUGUGAGAAAAACAGCAGGCACCCCACACACACACACACACGUAUGAAUAUAUCGGAUGUUUAACAUUUAAAUUAGCUGCUUCUGAUUGGUAUUUCUCGAUUGAUACUGCUUGCAUAUAUUCUUUAUGUAUGUGUGUGUGUGUCUUUGACGUUUUUAUUGCCUAAUCACUUUUUUUAUUUGCACUGUACUACUGGAAUACUUGACAAAAAUCGCUGACUGAAACUAUUUUUAUGUUUGCCCCAUAACGAUUUUCAACCGAAAAUUUGUAUAUUUUUUUACGGCUAGUGUAAACAAUUGAAAUUUAUUUACUUGAAGGCAUAAACAAAAUCGUUAUACACACACUCUGUUAGGCGGAAACAAUCAAAUUGAUCAUCGAAAGUUCAACGAUACGUAUUGAUCAAGGUUAAAUGGUAAAAAAUGAAAGCGCGCUAAAUUAAACAACGAUAAAGCAGUACACGCACACACACGCACCAAACUUGUCAAGACUUUCGAGCAAGCAGUGCAAUUGUCCUGCAUCCUGUUUUUGGGCGCCAAAGCUGAAAUGUAUUCCCCCCCAUUACAAACGUAUUUUUAAGUAUUUAAGCUCUUGUAAACGCAGAAACUACAACGCAGUACAAUUAUUAUUUCCCAUUAUAUUUAUUUAAUUUUUUGUUGUAAUUAACUAAUAUUAAUUUAUUGCUCAAGUUACGAUGGCACGUUCAACGUGCCUAACUGACAAUUGUAUUAUGUAGUAGAACUUCCAAAGUGUUCAGGCCAAAAGUAAUUCUCCCCGAACUAAAGAGCGAUCAUACUUAGAUGCUGGUAGGAGUCAAUUUUUUUUAUAUAUAUUUACAUACAUAUGUGUACAUAUUCAAUACUGCGUAUUUUGUAUGUAGCUUAUAUAGUUUUCUUGAUCUAAGCAACGAAUCGAAUAUGAAAUUAUCGAAUGACUGAGACAAAGGCAGCGAAUACUUUACACCAGGAUAGAUUUUAAAUUUUGAUACUAACUAUUAACUAUUGACCAUUGUAUAUAAACGUAUUUUGUACACACCCUAUUGGCUAAGCGAUUGAUAUAAAAUAUAUACAUUUAAAUGUGCAUAAACAACGAUUGUUAACUCAGAUCCCUGUAACUCCACAACGAAUAGCCACUAAGUCUUAGUCUUUAUCCACUCCUAUGGAUGCUAGGAACCUACGAAAAACGAAACUAUUGUUAACUAAAUCUAAACCUAUAACUAAAUCACUAUAACGAUCGAACAAGUCUGCAAGGCAAAGCAAAAAGCCCACUUAGUCAGCUGAUCCACGCCCUCAAAAGGCAAUAUCCAACGAUUUCCCUCAAGAGGAAGAGUAUUUUAACGAUAAUUAUCAUAUAAUGUAUGGCAUUCGUAAGGAAUAUAUCAAUAAAUCGCUUUGGAGGCGUCCGCAUGCCCCUCCAUCCAUCGCCUCUGUUUGCUAUUAAUUUAUGGCGCAGAUCGAGAACAUUAUAUAGAUAAACAUGCGGAACAAAAUUGUCCGAAAUGGCAAUUAAAUGAAACCGAAACUGAAACUUGGCAGAAAUGUGCAGCUAUAUAGAAUAGAUAUACGCAAGGUACCCCGAUAUUCAAACAAUACACCCGCAAUAGUAUACACAAUACGCGAAUAACGAUGGCAGCAAAUGGGAACUGCCAUUGAGCAAACCACCACUGAACUAUUUAUAUUUACAUUGUACCGUACAAUAAAGCUUUUUGGCAAAUAUCAAUGAAACCGAGCAAACAAA